AUGAUUUUAAAAAAUUAAUUCGAUAGACAAUACAUAUACCAUAAUUAUUGGGAAAUGUUGUGAAUGCAAAUAAUGCUAUAUUUGUAGGCUUGAAUAAAAUCCAGAAAAAUUCUUAAAAUAAAACUUUAAUUGUUUGAAUUAUCAUUGCAAUAAACCUAUUUUAAUUAAAGAUCAUCGAGGUUCAAUUAGCGAACAAAAGAUUUUAGAUAGAUAUAGUGAUAUUACAUUUAAAAAAUUAUUUGAAGGGUGGUUUAGAUAGUUUAGAUAUAUUAAUAUAAUAUUAGAGCCUGUCCUAAUAGAAAAUGCAAAUCUCAUGGUUUUUUACCAUUUAGUAGAUAUUAAGAAUUUUGAUAAAUAUGAAUAAUGCCAUUAUAAAUGGUAUGAUGAAAUAUGUUUUUCAUUUAAUAAGAUUUGUAUUUUGUUUUUGAAAAAUGUGAAGAAUGGCUUCUUCUGUUUUUUUUAAGAGUUUAUUAUACCCAUCCCUAACUAUGAUAUGUAAUCAUGCGUAUUGCUUUAUUUAUAGAGAUUAAUAUAAUGA